ACUUUGUUCAACUUGUUUCUGUUUCAUUCAUUUUACGACUAAAGUUUGGGGGCAAAAAACAUGGGAAAUUAAUGUGAGAUUAAUGGGGAUUACAUGACUGAUUCCUGCCUCCUGUAGUGCACUGCUUCUUCUAAAACCAGGUGGCAAAAAGGGGGUUAAAGCCUAAAAUGGCUACCAUACCCUCCUCCUCAUCAUCAUCACCAGCAGCUACAGCAGCACCAUCAUCACCUCUGAAGCCCAUCCCCUAGCGUCGGUCCGGGGAACGCACCCUGCAUGCGCAUGGGCGGAGAAACUGCCGCUGUGCGCUCUUAUUAUUCUACGGGUAAUUUCUCCUUUUUUUUACGAAAAUGGCGUCUGGUCAGGGAAGUGUGGGAGCUGUCACUGCUCUACAAAGCCAUGACUACCCCAGCGGAACCCACUGGAACCCGGGUAUCAGCCAGUACCAUCACCAGCAGCAGCAGCAGCACACUGCCCGCAGCCUGGACCGGGCUCUGGAGGAUGCCGUGAGUUCAGGAAUCCUGAACCUGAGCGGCAGGAAGCUGAGAGAGUACCCGGGGAUCAACUACGAUCUAACCGAUACGACACAAGCAGAUCUAUCCAAGAAUCAUCUCACAGAGAUUCCCCCAGAGGUGUGUCUGUUUGCCCCACUCGAGUCCCUCAACCUCUACCACAACUGCAUCAAAUCCAUCCCUGAAGCCAUUAUCAAUCUGCAGAUGCUGACCUAUCUUGACAUCAGCCGAAAUCUCCUGUCGGUUCUGCCAAAAUACCUGUUCAGUCUCCCCCUUAAAGUCCUCCUUGUGAGCAACAACAAGCUGGUAUGCAUCCCCGAAGAGAUCGGCAAGGCCAAAGAAUUGAUGGAACUGGAUGUGAGCUGCAACGAGAUCCAGGUCCUGCCAGCUCAGGUGGGGAGGCUCCAAGCCUUACGUGAACUAAACAUCAGGAAGAACUGUCUCCACAUGCUGCCUGAGGAACUGGCAGAUUUGCCUCUCAUCCGACUUGACUUCUCCUGCAAUAAGAUCACAGAGAUUCCUCCAGCUUUCAGGAAACUCAGGCAACUGAUGUACAUCAUCCUGGACAACAAUCCUAUGCAGUCUCCUCCUGCACAGAUUUGCCUAAAGGGCAAAGUGCAUAUAUUCAAGUACUUGAACAUUCAGGCUUGUAGAAUGGACAAGAAACCAGACACCCUUGACCUCCUGACCCUCAGCAAACGCUGUCUUCCACAGCCCCUCACUGACAGCAUGGAAGAUUUCUAUCCCAGUAAGAAUCAUGGGCCUGACUCUGGAAUUGGUAGUGACAAUGGUGACAAGAGGCUGUCUACAACAGAGCCCUCAGACGACGACACCGUCAGCCUCCACUCACAGGUCUCAGAGACAGCCCGUGCCGACGCCCUGUCAUUACUCUCCAAAAUGGACUCCUGCAAAGAUCAGGAUCUGUAUGACUUUAUAGAGCCCAACCCCGAUGAGGAUCCUGCUCUGUCAGAGAGUGACAGGCAACAAAGCAGCCAUGUGUCUUCUUUAAAGGAACUGGAGAAAGUUCUAAACAUGUCCCAACAAUGUAAAGAUAAAGACAGCUGGAAGGAGGAGUCUGGUUCAGAUAAGGACCAGCUUGCUGAGGAAGAGGAUGAUGAGCUGAAAGAAGUUUUGGAUCUGAGGAAGAUCGCUGUGCAGCUUCUGCAGCAGGAACAGCAGAACAGACGACGGUCCUUAAUUUGCAGAGCAGAGAGUCUAAUCCACCGCCGGAGAGUGACCGGCAGAGCACACAGAUUUCUGAGUCACUCGGGGAGCUCCAGCAGCAAACCAAGGCCCCCACCUCAGGCUGCUCGUAGUGCUUCCCUGGAUGAAGGAAGUAGUGGAGCAUCAAUGCUGAGUGGGCAGCCUUCCUCGUCCUGCUCUUUUGAUGGAAGCUUGAAAUCAGAACAAUCAGACUGCGCUCCAAAGUGGCCCGAAGUUCCUCCUGUCCUCAACCAGAACGAAGAUCGCAGGAGGAACAAGUACCUGAGAAAGGAUUACCUAAAGUACAAGUGUCAAAGUGCUCGUAAAAAUUCCGGCGGGAACGAAGACGCUGAGGAGGGUUUGCGCAACGCUGAUUUCAGCACCACGUUGACAGUGUUUGGACUCAAACCAAGAUCAGCCUUUCCUCGAGGAACCCGUCAGGACCUCAGCUCGACAGAUCCCAGUUUCACCAUGAGGAGGAAGAUGGAGCAUUUGAGAGAGGAAAUUGAGCAGAUUGGCCUUCUACGGCAGAACAUUGAGUCCCGACUAAAGGUCCUGCUUCCCGAUGAUGUCGGUGCUGCUCUCAUGGAUGGAGUGGUCCUCUGCCAUUUAGCCAAUCACAUUUGCCCCCGAUCCGUUGCCAGCAUACACGUACCAUCACCUGCAGUACCAAAGCUAAGCAUGGCAAAAUGCCGCAGAAAUGUUGAAAACUUCCUGGAAGCUUGCAAGAAACUUGGAGUUCCACAGGACAAAUUGUGUCUGCCGCAUCACAUAUUAGAGGAGCGAGGUCUGGUAAGGGUCGGCAUGACCGUCCAGGCUCUGCUGGACCUGCCCACGCCAAAGUCCACACACCUGUCGUCUGUUUGACACGGAGAGUAAACGCUGCCUAUAUCCUGCAGUCUUCAGCCCAUUUAUCUUUCCCUGCCCAUAUCUGGACCCACACUGCCAGGGACUGAGGACCCCUCUUUUUGGGGCGAGGACUCGGUGACUUUUGGAUUUACGACGGUCGAGUUCUGCCUGACUGAAACAGGAUUAUGAAAUCCUUCCUUAAAUGAUGUCAGUCAGCAACCAGUUCCUCUCCAUCACAUUAUCACAUGAAUCUAGAAGCUUGUUCCUGGACUGUUUGUGGGUUUGUAAUGUGACGGUGUGAUUCCUCUGCUGUACUGUUAACCUUGAUGAAAAGACUUUGACCUCCCUCUCAGCUAUACCUAUGGACUCUGCAAGUGCCAGUUCAGAUUGGACAUCCAUGCCGGUAUUGCAGUUUGGCAAACAAAAUGACAGAGACAUAAAUCGCUGUUUCACUGAAGAGGACGUUUUAAAUUUUUUAUUAAGUAUUUUGUUGGUUUUCUUAGUUAUUUUAUUCUAUUUUUGCCAUAUUCUCUCUUCUCCACCCUUGUGUCAUGGAAAUAACUGCCAUGACUGAAUUUAAGAAUCUCACUUGUUUUUAUGAGAUCGAGCUUAAGCUACACUUUGAUUUGGUGCUAAUGAUUUUGUACUGAAGUUACUGUAAUGGGCAUGAAAAGGUAUGUAAUAUUCAUACACCUUGACAAUUUUUUCACAAUUUGUCCUCAAACAAGCUUACUUGUAUUUUAUUGGGUUUUUAUGUGAUGGACCAAAGCAAACACCAAACAUUUCUGAAUUGGAAGGAAAAUGAAACAUUGUUUUUACAAUGUUUAACAAAAAAAGCACGUGCACUAAUGAGUCAAUGCUUUGUAGAACUACUUUUUGCUGUUUGUAGGUGCAACAGGCUGACAUUUUCUCCUCAUUCUUCCUUGCAAAUGAGCUCAAGGUGAAUCAAGUUAUGUGCAAAGAUGCUAUGAACACAGAUUUUUAAGGUCAACACAUGAAUAUGCUUUGUAACCAUUCAGUUGUAGUUCUGGCUGUAUGUUUAGGUUUGUUGUUCUGCUGUAAGGUGAUCCCCAGUUUCAAGUCUUUUGCAGCCUCCAGCAGUUUCAUUCCAAGAACACCCUCUAUCCAUCCUCCUAUCAAUUAUGACCAACUUCACUGUCACUGGGGAAGGAAAGCAUCUCCACAGCAUUAACCUGCCACCCCCAUGUUUCACCAUAGAGAUGGUGUGCUCAAGGUGGUGUGCAGAGAGAUGUUUAAAGCUUUGAAUAUUGUUUUAUUACUUAACCUUGCUUAACUUCUCCACAACUUUCUCCCUGACCUGUCAGCUGUGUGCCUUGAUCCUUAUGAUGCUGUUUGUUCUCUAACAAACCUCUGAGGCCAGAAAUAGAAUUGCUGGAUUUAAUGGACACUAGUGCUAACAAAUCUUAAAAUAGAAAACAUUACACCCAGAUGGACUCUCUCCAAUGGAUUUUGUUUAGUGUUCAGAAAUGAAUACUAACUAGGUUCUGAACUUUUCGGGUUUUAUUUAAAAUAAAAGUGUGAUCUUUUUCUCCAUUUAAAACCUAAGCAAUGCUUCCCAUUUUACCAUCACAUAAAAUCUCAAUAGAAUACAUUUAGGCUUUUGAUUGUAAUGUGAUCAAAUGUGAAAAGGUUUGAGGGUUAUGUAUGUUUUUGCAAGACACUAUAUUUUGCUGGCAGGCCCCAAAUUCACCAGGGGAGGUGAAAUUUGACCACUGUGAUAAUGCAUGGUCCUAGCCAAGGCAUUUCAAUGUACAUUCAAGUCCGUAUGUUCCUCGAUGUUUAAGUGUAUUAUUAUUUAAAUCUAUUUUUCUAACCUCAGUUGAAACAUGUUAAUGAUUCUGUGAGUUACUGUUUGCAUAAUGGGGCUGUUGCUGCUCAGAGAUCCUUCUGCAAACCUCCCAUUUUCACUAUGGUCAUAUCCAGUUUAUAGGGUGCCUUCCUGUACAUGGUUCUGAUCUAAUUUAUUAUUUCAGUAAAUGUAUUUAAGUUUUA